CUCUCAGAAGGUGCAGAGAGGAGAGUCUGCCCUUUGGUCUUACCCAGUUUCCCCUGAGGUGACUGCAGGGAACAAGUUGCAGAACACUGUACUUAGCCAGGCAGUGUUAGACACCAUGGAGGAAGGGGGUUUUUCCCUCUCCAAGCAUCAAAAGGUACCAUGUCAGGUGAUGAGUUGUUGGACACGGCGUUGUGGCAUAGCAUGUAAAGCCACCACCUGCGAUACUGGCAUCCCAUAUGGGCACCAGUUCAUGUCCCGGCUACUCCAUUUUUGAUCCAGCUCCCUGCUAAUUGCCUGAGAAAAGCAGCAGAGAAUGACCCAUUCCCCUCUAACCCAUCUGAAGAACUAGCUGAAAUGUUUGCUGUGUUUAUAUACAGAGAUGUGACUUUGACGCCUAGCCCUGAUUUUUUUUGUGUAAUUGCUUGCAGCAGGAGUAAAAGCCUCAUAGCUACAGUUUGCAAUCAGGGACAAGUUUUCAGCAUGCGUAACUCAUUUCCCCAUGCUAUUCACUGUUAAUAGUGAUAACACUUUAACUUUUGGAAGUGGAGAAAUUACCAAAAAUUAUUGAUUGGGGCAAGAGUCAGGAAUGACUCAGAGCAUAACUCUGUCCCUAAAUCUAGAUGAUGUUGUAUCUAACGUGGGACUGUUUCCUACAUGUUUUCCCCGACAUGUGUACUAUUAAAAUUAGCCUUUAGCCCAGUGGAGAAGUUUGCCUUGACUUUUUUAAGGUUGUCCUCUUCAGAAUGAUUCCCUGCAGAGCAGCGCUGACUUUUGCCCGGUGUCUGAUCCGGAGGAAAAUCGUGACUCUGGACAGUCUAGAAGAGUCCAAGCUGUGCCGCUGUCUAUCCACCAUGGACCUCAUCGCCCUGGGGGUUGGAAGCACUCUUGGUGCCGGGGUGUAUGUCCUUGCAGGGGAAGUCGCCAAAGCAGACUCCGGCCCCAGCAUCGUUGUUUCCUUCCUCAUUGCUGCCCUGGCAUCCGUGAUGGCCGGCCUUUGCUAUGCUGAGUUUGGGGCCCGAGUUCCCAAGACAGGGUCUGCGUAUUUGUACACUUACGUUACUGUUGGAGAGCUGUGGGCCUUCAUCACUGGCUGGAAUCUCAUCUUAUCCUAUGUGAUCGGUACCUCAAGUGUUGCAAGAGCCUGGAGUGGCACCUUUGAUGAACUUCUUAACAAACAGAUUGGACAGUUUUUCCGAACAUACUUCAAAAUGAAUUAUACCGGUCUUGCAGAGUAUCCAGACUUUUUUGCUGUGUGCCUUAUAUUACUUCUAGCAGGACUUUUAUCUUUUGGAGUAAAGGAAUCUGCUUGGGUGAACAAAUUCUUCACAGCCGUUAACAUCCUGGUCCUUCUCUUUGUGAUGGUUGCUGGCUUUGUGAAAGGAAGUGUGGCUAACUGGAGGAUUAGCGAAGAGUUUCUCAAAAAUGUAUCAGCAAGUGCCAGAGAGCCUCCUUCUGAAAAUGGCACAAGUCUCUAUGGGGCUGGUGGCUUUAUGCCUUACGGCUUUGCAGGAACUUUGGCUGGUGCUGCAACUUGCUUUUAUGCCUUUGUGGGAUUUGAUUGCAUCGCAACAACUGGUGAGGAAGUGCGGAAUCCUCAGAAAGCUAUUCCCAUUGGAAUUGUGACUUCUCUGCUUGUCUGUUUUAUGGCCUAUUUUGGGGUCUCUGCAGCCUUGACCCUCAUGAUGCCAUACUACCUCCUGGAUGAAAAAAGCCCCCUUCCUGUGGCAUUUGAGUAUGUUGGAUGGGGCCCUGCCAAAUACAUCGUUGCUGCGGGCUCCCUCUGUGCGUUGUCAACAAGUCUUCUUGGAUCCAUUUUCCCAAUGCCUCGUGUAAUCUAUGCUAUGGCGGAGGAUGGGUUGCUUUUCAAAUGUCUAGCUCAAAUCAAUUCCAAAACGAAGACACCAAUCAUUGCUACUUUAUCAUCGGGUGCAGUGGCAGCUGUGAUGGCGUUUCUUUUUGACCUGAAGGCGCUUGUGGACAUGAUGUCCAUUGGCACACUAAUGGCCUACUCUCUGGUCGCAGCCUGUGUGCUCAUCCUCAGGUACCAGCCUGGCUUAUGUUACGAGCAGCCCAAAUACUCUCCUGAGAAUGAAGGUCUGGGAUCAUGUGCCAGUGCAGCCUCAAAAAGCGACUCUCAGGUCACCAUGCUGCAAAGACACGGCUUCAGCCUGCGGACUCUCUACAGUCCCUCUGCUCUGCCCACGCGACAGUCCGCAUCUCUCGUGAGCUUUCUGGUUGGAUUCCUGGCUUUUCUCGUUUUGGGCCUGAGUAUUCUGACCACUUACGGAGUCCGUGCCAUCGCAGGGCUGGAAGCCUGGAGCCUUGCUCUUCUUGUGCUGUUUCUUGUUCUCUGUAUCACCGUCAUUCUCACCAUUUGGAAGCAGCCCCAGAACCAGCAGAAAGUAGCCUUUAUGGUCCCCUUCCUGCCGUUUUUGCCAGCAUUCAGCAUCCUGGUGAACAUAUACUUGAUGGUCCAGCUGAGUGCAGACACUUGGGUCCGAUUUAGCAUUUGGAUGGCUCUUGGUUUCCUGAUUUAUUUUGCUUAUGGCAUUCGUCACAGCCUGGAGGGAAAUCCAAGGGAUGAAGAUGAUGAUGAGGAUGCUUAUUCAGACAACAUGAAUGCAGCCACAGAAGAAAAAUCUGCAAUUCAAGCAAAUGACCAUCACCAAGGAAAACUCAGUUUACCUUUCCUAUUCCAUGAAAAGACGAGUGAAUGCUAAAUGAUCAUUGGAGCAGAGAUGGCCCAGUCUUAACACGCGUGCCCUACAUUGAGUAAACCAUGACAGGAUGUUAUCACAUUGUGCCGUCAUGGGUUUGCUGCAAACAUAGUUCCCCUAAUUUAUACUUACUCAUCUGAAUAGAAUAGCAUCUCUUCAGAUGGUAAAUUGUGUUCUGGGGAAACCCUCUGAGCCCUCUUCUCAGUGAUGGAAUAGCUCCAAAAAUAAUGGGAAUGUGUAGGAGUGUGUGUGUAUGUGUUUGGGAACAUGAACUUCAAAAGUUAUUUGGUGUUUUACUACUAUUAUGUUAUAUUUUCCCAGUGUUGUCAUUGUUUGGUGAUAGAUACUGCACAUACUGAAAUAGAAGCAAAUCACUGAAUAGAAAGGAUUUUGUAUGUACCCCAUGUGGUUGGGAAAGAAUCCUUGCUUCUCCUUAUUAGGCCUUAUGAAUGUCCACUUAGAGCAUGCUAAAAAUGAAUUCCCCCUCCUGGUGUCUGUUACCCUUCAGGGGUAGGAGGAGGGGAUGGAAAUGAGCCUUUUCUGUAAGUGAAUGCCAGCAGUGGGCUCGGUAUGCAGUUGUUUCCCAUGAGGUGUGACAGUUUGCUACAACUUUAGCCAUAAUUAGGGGUGUUGGCUUCUGCUGUACCACACAGGAUAGGAGCAUCAGUCUGUGUCACUUGCUGGCAUCCUUCUGAACUCUCUUCUUUGAGAGCAGUGGCCCUUAGAUACGUGGCCUUUACCUGCUGGGAGUGAUGUACUCCUGCCAGCCCCACAGGGCUUGAGAGAAGAACUGUUAUUUAUCAAGACCUUUAAGCCAGAAAGUAAAGGGGCCUCCAAAGUCCAGAACUCAUUUAAGUGGUAGUGAUGUGGAUGUGUUUGGAGAUCAGAGAGUGAGAUGCUUGGGUACACGGAUACCAAGCAUCCUGUUUUUAAAAGUCACUCAAAAUAAGCCAGUACAGUCUGCCUGAUUCACACAGUUGGUGGAAUGAUUCAUACUUUUCCCAUUACUUAGUAAUUUGUGUCGUUUUUUGACCUCAUUAGUCACAGAAUUCACUCCUUUGUUUCUGAUCUUAUUUUUCUUGUCCUAGCUUUAAGAGACACAAAAGAGGCCAAGAUGGAGGUAUUGUAAGAAGAGAAAAUCCCCUAUUCUGGUAUCAAAGUGCCUGUUCAGAUGUUAAAAGGCCUUUGGCCUACUUUAAAAAGGGUUUGGCUCUAAUUUGCUUUGGGUGUUUCUUUUGGAAACGUUUAAGGAUGUUUUUCUCCCUCAUCCCAAAAAUUGUUUAGCACUUUGUAUUUCGUUUGCUUUUAAAUGGCCAUUCUAAAUUUAUUAAUGUUAGCACCAGUAUUAUAUAGUAACCCAUCAAUGACUAGGGAAUAAUAAAAUAUUUUUUCUUAAAAACAUGAUUAUUUAAAACUUCAAGCUAAAAAUAUAAUGAAAUCUAUAUAAACCCAGUAAUUCUUGUAUAUGAGUAAAUAAAGUUUAAUAUGUAAGAUUCUAUAGUUGCUAUAUUUUACUAUGGAGUUCUCUCUAAUAGCAAAUUGUUUAUCUUUAUUGUGUUUUGCUUCUAGUGAGUUUGUUUUUGUUCUUUAGUUGAGACUAGUGGUAAGGCACUUAGAUGUGGUGACAUUCCCAGGAUAGGAUACCGUGGCGAAUGCUACCAGACUGGGUGACCUGUGUAACCCAAAGGCAAGGAAGACAUUUGCCACUAGUACUUCUAAGAGAUUGGUUAUUUUGUUGAUGCAUUAAAAAGCAGGUUGCAAUUGUUUUGUGCAGCCAAAUGUGACUAAAUGUCAAAUCAACAGGUGGAAAGCCUGGGUUUCUGGCUACUCACGUUGCAGCAUCCCUGGAACAGAACUUAAUGCUUACAUUCCAGUUUCCAGGGUGCACAAGGUAAAACCUGAAGCCCAGAAUUCUCAUUCAAGCUGCUUGAUUUACAGGAGAGAGAAGAGUUGGAUGAGCAUGGAGUGAAAUAUUUGUGUGAAGACUGUAGGCAUGACCAUAAAUCCCUGCUGCUCCAGCAGUGCUCUGAGGGCCCCUUUGAGUCUCUAAUCAGCCUAGGAAACGUUUCCCUCACCCAGGAAACAUAAGAUUUCAUAUAUGAAUGUUUAAAUAUUUUACUGUAACAAAAUCAAGACAUUUCUUUAGAACAUGAUAGGCAGCUAACAACUGAUAUGCCCACUGUGUUCAAUUAGCAUAAUUUUGUUAAAAAUUGUUUUCCACCUUGAAAACACUUGUUUCUUUGUUUCCACUUUGGAAGCACAAAUAGCUAUGAAAAGAUGCUGUGUCAGUCAGUGUGUUCCUCUUGUCUAUGAAGACCCAAAUGGAUGUGUGUAUCUAUGUGUGUAAUCACAUUUACAUGUGCAGUGUGAAAGUGUAUAGCUAUGUGUGUAAUAUGUGCAUGUAUUUCAAAUGUCUGUGUAAGGAAGUUGGGUUGAUGAUGGGCUUUGGAUAUAUCAUUAUGUAGAUACGAAAAAAACCCAACUGAUAUGGAAGAAAAUCAUUGUUUUAUAUUGGUAGAUAUGCUGAUACAAGAUUUUUAGGUUUAAAACUAUUUUAAAACAUACAAUUUUAUAUGUGUAUUUUCUAUAGAUUCUUUAAGAAAUAUUUAUCAUGUUUCUACUAUGAAAUCACUAAACUCUAAUAUGUUGUAACAGGUGCCUUAUAUUUAAUGGAGCAAGGGUAGUGGGCAGAAGGCCAUUCCUGCCCACUUGUUUCCAUUGUACCUUUUUUGACACACCUGUCCAGUUAUAUGUUUGUUGGUAAAAGCCAGAACUCCCAUUUGGAUCUGUAACCCUUUGAACAAAAUUUUGUUUUAUUUUCUUUGAUUCCCAAAAUAUUUUGUAUGGGUUUGAUUAGUAAAUCACACUUUUAUAUAAAGUCUUCUCCAUAAAUUAAAAAAUACAUAUAUGCUUUUA